UAAGUGCCUACGACAUUUUGGCCUUGGUGUGCCAGCUGUAACAAUCAUUUUUGGCCUAUUUGUUGUUUUCGGCAAAUUAUCUCAACACGUUUGUACCAUGGCCAAGCCGAUUAAAUUUAUUCCGACUGGUUAAACGUUACAGAAUAGGCCGUUUCCUCUACAAAAUGUAGCCGUUUUAUCCUCGUUCCCAUCGGAAGGACUGACUAAUGAGAUCCGCGAUGAGUGACCUAUACCCGGAACCGGAAGCGGACACCGAGGAGGUGCUGAUGACCGCCUCCCUGCCGUCCACCUCGUCUGGAAGGACGGGUGGUCCUGUCCGGGCCACGGCCUCCGUCACGGGAAAGCCCUCAGUCAGUUCCAAAAGCUCCAUCAGCUCUAUCAUAAGAUCUGGAGUCAGUGCUGUCUCUUCUCUGUUCACGACACAGAAGCGUUCUGGCGAAAUGUCACGGCCCAAGUCCGCGUCACCAAAAGCAAAACGCACGCCGCCUCGACCACCGCGACCGAAGGCGGGGAGGAGUGUGCAGACGACAGCUUCCCAGACGUCGGCCACGGCCAGUGAGAACGACACACCGGAGGAAGCGGAAAGCGAGGAGGUGGUCUCGACCAGCGAGCCUCAGCCCGCUCCACUGGUCGAGCAGCCGGCGGGUGAGCGGAGGCGCGCGUCGAGCCGGCCGCGCGGUGAAGACCUUGACUCGGAGGGCCGCUCGGUGGCCUCCGAGUCCGGCAGCCACACAGACACCGAGACUGCGGACGCCGAGGAGCGCGGCUCGCUGGCGAGCGAAGGCUUCGCGUCCAGCCUGGAUGGUGACCCCGGGUCGCCGCAGGACUUUUCCAGUGUCGCCUCGUCGGCGGUUUCCGACGCUGAGGACACGACUGGGGACGAUGAAGGAUACGUGCUCAGCCCACGCGGCAGUAGAAGGGUGACAUUUGAUAAGAACGCUCCAGACACGUUAGUCUUCACUCCCGACGACCAUGGUCGGACGAGUGACGAUGAGGCAGUCCGGGAGAAUCGGGAACGACUAGCUGGUGUAGGUGCCGAGGGCCACAGGCCCAGUGCGAACGAGAACUUUCUACAGCUUCUGGCUCUCUUGAAAGAGCGCAGCCUCACCCCAACGAGCGAGCAGCUGGGCGAAUUUGCCAGCCCCUCUGAGCCAACUAGCCACGUCGCCCGAUUUCUCAAAGAUCUUGAGACGAGACGGAACUCCCGCGAAGCGGACUCGUCCGAUAUCACCGAGGACGAAGAACCUUCGCACAGGGAAGACCGUCGCUUCGCUUUCCCCAGCGAGCGACCGAGCGACAGAAGAGGAAGCUUUGUGGACACUAUUGACGAGUUUUUGCACUAUCUUGAAGCCAUAGCGGAGGACCACAAGGCGCAUGAAGAAGCAAUGGAAAUGCUGCACAACGAGCCGCAGAAGGCCAGUGCGACUGAGACAGACUCAGACACGGCCAGCGAAGGCGGCGACAGUGUCUGGUCGGAUAGUAACUCGCGAGCGUCGGACGACAGCGACACACACGCCUCCAUGGGCAACGAGUCCAGCAGUGAGUUAGCCAGUGUUGAGACGGACGCGGACUCGGGCUUGGCGUCCAGUCCGCGCACGGAGCAGACGUCCGGAGAAGACGCGGCACCAGCGGAGGACGCAGGCGACAACGGGAAGAAUAAUGAACUUGGCGGGAGAUCUCAUGAUCAGGCUCCAUCACCAGGCCAGUUCGAGCUGCCUUUUGAUGCUGAUCCCGACGAGAUAUUGGCGGCGCCUGGCAAAGGAGCUGAACAGCCACCAGACACAGUUCUCAUGGCAGUAUCAGAAGCGUCACAAGAAACGUCACCAAAAAGUGAUAGCACAAUGAGCCAUGGAGAAGCGCAAGACCGGUCUUCAGAAGAAGGUCAUGGAAGUAUUUCAAAUAUGACAACCGAAGAGGACAAGUCUGAGGAAAAUGAGGCGAACUCUAGGAUCCAAGAGAAGCACAUUCCAGAGCCUGACGAGGCCAUUGUCCAGUCAGAGAAACUGACGGAAGAAAAUGUAGAAAUAAAUCCGACACCACUGUCGUCAGAUUCAUUGGAGCCAGAGACACCUGAUGCCUUGGUUCCCGAACAUCAUACGGCACAACAGGUAAGCUCCCCCGGCGCUAGCUCUCUAAAUGACACCAUGAAUUUUCAUCGUGAAAGACCCGAGGGUGAGAGCGCUACCUCGGAGUUAAGCGAUUCAAGCAACGCAUUGCCAGUAAUCACUGACAAAACUCGAAACCCAACCGCUCCAACGUUUCCAAAUGAUACCGAUGCCGAACAUAGCGCGGGGCUUAGUUCAGGAACCAAAGAUGUCAAUCAUUCAGAGAUUGGUGAGCUGGACACAGAGGAGAUACCUGGCCCAGAUGAUGACCUUGCUACACUGGAGCAGUCGUCAUCCACUGAGACCAUUAGAGCCGUCAAUGACGAAGAGCGGGCGGACGGCGCGCAGUACACAGACGACAUUGACACAAGCCAUAGCGUCGAGGUCACUCCAGACUUGUCCAACCGCACAAACUCCGAACCAGGUCCCCAGGAAACUCUAGAGGCUGCUCGCCAGGUCAACAACGAACCCCCUCCCGAAGCGUCUCUCGAGACACAUCCUGACGAAUCUCUCGAGAUGCAUCCCAAGGAAGCUACCGAUUCGUCUCUCGAGGAAGCUCCUAAUCUGCCUCCCCAGGAAGCCUUAGAGCUCCCUCCGCAGGAAGCCAAUGAAGUAUCUGCCCUGGGAGCUACUCAUCCGCAAAGCCAGGACGCCAGCACCCCAGCUCAGGGUGUGAGUCAGGAAUCGAACGACUUGUCCGCCGACAAGAGGCGCGGCACGUCGGCUGACCAGCGGGCCCUGCGCGGCCUGCUGCAGUCGUCGCUGCCACAGAUGCCGGCCGUCCAGGUGCUCGGCACGCAGUCGGCGGACGCACUGGCUGAGCGACGCAGCUUGACCGUUGCGACGGAGACCAGCGAUGGCUCAUUGCUGUCCGUGCCGUCGUCCGACAUCCAGGCGCGUUCACCUGGUCAGGUUGGCAGCCUGGAGGUGGUGGCCAAGUCGCCGGGCGAGGUGUCGCAGUUGCCGUCCGAGGCGCCCUCCGAGAGUGAGCUGCCGCAACACGAGCCGGUCCGCUCGCUGGCGUCCAUCGCUGACCGACUGCUGCGCGAGGGCUCCGACGAGGAGGUGCAGGCCGCUCCGUCCGGCAUGGGUCAGGCUAACUCGUUGGCUGCCAUUUCUGGUCAGCUGCUCACCGACCACAGUCCCGGCGAGCUCGCCGAGCCGCCGUCGGCCGGCGACGAGGCCGACGAGGAGCGGGAACUCAGCACCGUCAUGAUGGACGAUGGCGUCAGACCAGGUACGACGAAGGCAGAUGCCGGGGCAGAGGAGCAGUCAGGGCCCAGCAAGGCAUCGGCAGCAAUUGGGGUGGAAGAUCAGCGGAGAGACGGCGGAGCAGCGGCAGCACUUGGGGUGGAAGAUCAGCCGAGAGACGGCGGAGCAGCGGCAACACUUGGGGUGGAAGAUCAGCCGAAAGACGGCGGAGUAGUGGCAGCACUUGGGGUAGAAGAUCAGCCAGGGAACGACAGGACAACAGUGAUACUUGGCUUGGGAGACCAGCCAGGAGACGGUGAGGCAUCGCUCGGUCCCGGUCUGAGUGAUCGUCCAGAGGACGGUGAAGAGGCAGCGGACCCUGAGACAGAAGAUCAACCAGAGGAGAGUGAGGCAGCGGCAGCCAUCGGGAUGGAACGGCAGCCACGGGACGGUGAUGCAGUUGCUCGUCUCCUGAGGGAAAAGGGUGACGAGUCAUUGAAACAAGCGAUCGCACCUAUAAUGACUUCAGGUCAACGAGAUGGAGAUGAAUACGAAACGAGUGAGGCAUCUGAAACGGCUGAAUCAGCCAUUGAUGACCAAAAAGCGCACGAAGAGGCCAUGCUUAUGUUGGAGAGUGAGACGCAAGGUACUUUGACCUCGGAAGCAAUCCAUCCCUCGACCCCAUCGACGGACUCGGGAGAAGAAUAUAACGCCAACCAGAACGAGAAAGUCAGCCGUGCCAAGCCAGGUAGUGAUUCAUCAGCAGCCAUUUCAGGAUUGGAGGUAACAGACCCUUCUGCUCUCGUAAGUGACGGCAGGAUGUAUACUCGUCAGGAAGAAGUGAUGUCAGGGGCCCGGGAGGCAAACGGUCCAGUUGAAGAAACGGACGAGGACAUGACGAAACGAAGCACUGACAAACAAGCAGCAAAUCUGACACCAGAAUCAACACAUGGGACCAACGAGCUGAUAGCAAUUAGCAGUGAGUCAUCCGUAUUAUCAGAUCUUCGUUCUGAUGUGUCUGAAUACGCCACAGGAAGUGAAAAAAGUGCGUUUGAGGAAGAUCGUAAUGAUCCUGUGCCAGUAAUUGACGAAAAUAAUGCACCGAUGACAGAUCACGGCGAUUCGACGCACGCUGAGGAGACAGGGGCUGGUUUAGGAGUUCAAGGACAUAAAACAAGCGCUCAGAAGAUGGUAUGGAGCCUGAUAACGAUGGCAAGUGGCAUUGUGGAGCAAAUGCAGGGCUCAAAAAUCGUAAUAAGCCCAAGCAAAAUUGGGUUCAGAAAUGCUGACGAGCAAACAAAUCUACCAGCAAAAGAAGGAAGUGGGUCUGCAAGCAAAGGGGUGCUCUCAGAAGAGACCAAGAGUACGCCUAAAGUACUGGAAAAUUUGCCACCGAGGUCUAUGUCUCAGAUUGUACAUGAUGAAAUCACUAAAGAGGCCAAGAAAAGCAAUAUUUCAAUGACCCAAUUAAAGCAUGCGUAUAGCGAUACAAUAAACCGCAUUGUUGCGGACGCGCAGAACCAGGUUGUUAAAGCCGCACAAGGCUUGGUGGGUGCUGUUCUGAAAACAUCAAGUGGGCGGCUCCACGACGUACAAAACCACGAGGAUGCCGGUGUUGAAAACAAAACCAGCAGCGAACAAUCAGGACAAUCAACGAACAGCUCGGAUCAUGAAGAGUCAAAUUCAAUAGAAAACGAUGAUUUGCCGGUUUCAGAUGAAAAAUCGGCGUCUACAGAUACAAGCGAAGAGGUUCAAGAUGGUUCACUGCCAAAACACCAGAGUGAUGUAACUGUGUCUAGAAUAAGCCAAGUGAAAGUAGCCAGCAAAACAAGCGCACUCGGCGGGCGGACCAGUGCAGUAAAACACAGCAAAGGCAAUCUGGAAAAUUCAAGGAUUAUUCAAGAAGAUAAUCGUAAAACCAAUUGGGAGCCUCCAUCGCCACAGGAUAUAGCUAACAUCGCUGUUGCGAUUACCCAGUCUGUUUUGGAUGCAGCAUCACGAAUUGCAGAUGAUGAAAAUGAACUUGACAGAAAGUCACGCGUGAAGGCAUCUAUCCUCCACCUUAAAAAG